AGAAAACUUUUGUGGAAGUGGGCGAAGUACUAGGCAAAGCACAGGAAAAAAUUUGCUCAAGCGAGCCUCUUGUAACCUGAGUCAUUAUAGAAACAUAUCUAAACAAGUGAUUGUACUAGAAAGUUACGUUUCUCUCACAUAUAAACGAAAUAUUCGUACAUUAAAAAUAACUUUUAUUUAUUUAAUGGUUUCACAAUUAGAAGUUUUUAUUAAGCAUAAUAAUGAAUAUAAAGGAAAAUUAACAUUUAUUGUCAAUAAAUCUAACAAUAACAUGACAAAUGUUACAGAUUACGUUAUUGAAUUAUUAAAAAAAACAGAUUUAUUAGCAUGUUUUGAUAAAUGGAGAAAAGAAAAUGCAUCAAAAACUUUAAAUUUUGCAUAUUGGGAUAUGAUUAUUCAUGAAUAUUUAGUACCAUUUUUUACACAUUUAGUAGCUGUACGUAUCAGUAAUUUUGAAGCACGUUUAGAUGCAUGGAAAUGUUUUACAAAAUACUGGUUUACUUAUAACCAUUAUUUGUAUGCUAAAAUGGCAUGCCAUUAUUUAUAUGAAAUGCAUCAAUGUUCAGAUUAUUUAAAGCUACAAAUGAAACAAUACGUUUCAGCAUCAAUACCAGGAAUCUCAUUUACAAAUUUGGCAUUUGAUGAGGCUAUUGAAUCAUCACUUGAUGCUAAAAUGUAUCAUACAAUUGAACAAAUAACUAAUCUUGAAGAAAACAGUAACGAAGUUCACGUUGAAACAAUAACAACUAGAAUGAAACGUGAUAAUGAUGAUUUAUCAACAAUCAUGUCAACUAAUGUUAAUCCGUUUCGUGCACAAGGUUCAUUUGUACGACUAUUAACAAAUAUUACAAUACCAGAUGAUAUCGUUAAAAAAGUAUUGAAUUCAGGUUCAGCUGGUGCUCACCAAACAACCGACUUUAUAACAAAACGUUUACUUACAACACAAGAAAACUAUGACAAAAGAAUUUCUAAUAAUAAACUUAGAACUUUAGCAAGCUUUGAACCGAUACCUUGUUCGGUACCAGUAAUAAAAAAACCUGCUAAAAAACGAAAGAUUCUUUUGAAAAAUACUACUAACAAAUAA